UGCCUACCUGCCUGCUCACUGGCCUGCCUACCUGCCUGCUCACUGGCCUGCCUACCUGCUUACUACCACCAUUCCCAGCACUACAACUAUUCCACUACCACUAUCACUAAAACUACCUGCAGAUAAAUGAUGUCAGGCAGGAAAUGUUCCUCCCCCAUCACGACCCUUGCCGCCACCGACCACAAGAACGUUCCACCGGGAGGAGGUGGCCUCUUCAGCGUCCCUGUAGAAGGAGGUGACCCCUUCAGCGCCUUACGAGCAAAAGCGACCGCCUUCGGUGUUUCCCCAUCAGAAGGCGGCCUCACACUACCCUCAUGGGUGCUGGAGGAGAAGGAAGCAGCGAGGAUCGCUCACCGGCGUCGCCUUCUACAGGAGCGAGCUGCCAGGAUACACCAGCCAAGAGCCACCUCCAUAGCGGUUGACGUUGCUGGGCUGAAGCAGCAAGUUGAAGAGCGUCGUCGGCAACAGGAAGAUGAUGCACGCACACACGAACACUUCGCACGUUUGGCAGCAACGCAAGAUAGAGCCGCACUUCUCUUACAGCAUAAAGAAGUUAAGGUCUCUCUUUCCCUCCAAUCUUUCUCGCCCCCUGUCUUUCUUCCUCUUUGCCUCGCUUUCCUUUACCUCCCUUCCUCUCUUCUGGUGACUAGACUGGAGGAACUGGAGUCACUAGGAGCGUGUGAGCGAGCCAGGCAGCUGGCAGAGGCGGAGGAACUGUGUCGCCGAGCAGAGCAACUUGCUAUCAGGAAGUACAACCAGCACUGGUGAAGUCGGGCGAGGGAGAGCAUCGAGGCAGCUCAACGUGAGGCAGACCUGAAGACAGAGCAACAGGAGCUCAGGAAAGCUGUGAUGGGAUCCUUCCUGACGGAAGACCCCACCGUCGCCCGCAGCGCUCUGGGACCCCACCGUGUCAUUACGACAGGUACUUAUUCAUUCCACAGGUGGAAGGGCAUGUCACCUGAGCAAAAGAAGGAAAUAGAAGCCGUCCGUGCACAGCAAGUAGCUGAGAGGAAGCAUCGGGAGGAGCAGGAGGCCAGGGAGGCCAGCAGGUGGGAGGACCUCGUCGCCCGUGCUGACAGAACCGCCCUACUCGCCACCCACACUGAACAUAUCACCCGCAGGAACCUGGAGGAGCAGGUGAAGGUGGAGAACCAGCGUCUGGCGAUGGAUCAGCGCACUCAGCAGGAACGCCUCAACCACCUCCUUACCACCAAUGUCCCCACCGACCACUUCUACGAUAAGUUCGGCAAGCAUCCACGCUAGUAGCUCACCCACGGUACAUUCCACGGACCCACGACCAUGUACGUGGUACUUUUUCAGGAACAGUGGGAAAAUCUCUCUUGACGCCGCCUUAGUCACAUAAAAAAUAUAAGAACAGAAUAUAACAUUGCAGUGAGCCUACUGGCCCAUACUAGGCAGAUCUAGUAAGCCUGCUAGACAGGUCUAGCAAGUCUCCUGGCACAUGCUAGACAGGUCUGGUGAGCCUACUGGCCCAUACUAGACAGUUCUUGUAAGCCUGCUGGCCUAUGCUAGAUAGUUCUGGUAAGCCUGCUGGCCCAUGCUAGACAGGUCUAGCAAGCCUCGUUGCCCAUGUUAGACUGGUCUGGUAAUCCUGCUAGCCCAUGCUAAACAGAUCUAGCAAGAUUCUUGGCCCAUGCUAGACAGGUCUGGUAAGCCUACCGGUCCAUUCUCUACAGGUCUGGUAAGCCUACUGGUCCAUGCUAGACAGUUCUGGUAAGCCUACAGGCCCAUGUUAGACAGGUCUUGAGGAAAAAUUUUUAUAAUUUUCCUAAAUUCAGUGUAUUUUUGAAUAAUAUAAUAAUUGUGUAUUUAAAUGUGAAGCUGAUUUGACCCUUUAAGAAAUUUUGUGGAAAGGAGGGCGUGUAGUGGCCGCAGAGUGAUACAGGAGGAGGACUCCAUAGUUAAUUUAAUGUGUGUACACGGGAUGUUACGAUCGUCUAAUAAUCCGGUGUCAUCGAGGCCAUAAUGGGGUGUUCCAGCCUUGAUUUAUAAAGGGAAUCUUUCUAAUGUUCCCACUAAAGAACAGGGGCAGAGAAUUUGCGGGGCCUCCAGAAUUAGGUGGUGACAGCGGAAAUAAUGAGGCGUCAUCAUGCAGCACAUCCAGUAUGUACGCCAUUAGUCCUUUCAUUUAGAUUUCUCACUGGCCAGUAGCAUUCUGUUUGUUAGGUAAGCAUUAUGGGAUGAUUCAAAUACAGUAUAAAUGGUAAUUUAAUGUGUAUAAAAUUGGUUGUUCUAAUGACAUGGUUAGGAGAAAACCUCUCCUAGUCUCGGUAAAAAUAUUUCCGUAAACCAUUUCUAACAGUCAGGUCCUAAAAUCAUAUACAGUCCACACUGUUUUAUAAUUCACCAUUAUUUGUAUUAAUAUUUAAUAUUGUAAUUAUUAAUUUAAUGUCAGGUCAAGCUUUUUUAUGAGAGUGGUGAAGGAGUGGCAUCGAAGGAGUGACAGUCCUGUGACCUACUGUGACUAAGUCCCACUUAGUCACCCAAAUUACUUACAUGUAACAAUUCAGGUAAUGCUCUAUAAACCUCAUGCAGGUAGUUUCUUACAAAUCUGGUAAGCCUGCUAACCCAUGCUAAACAGGUCUGGCAAGCUUGCUGGUCCAUGCUAGACAGGUCUGGUAAGCCUGCUGGCCCAUGCUAGACAGGUCUGGUAAUCCUGUUGGCCCAUGCUAGACAGGUCUAGUAAGCCUGCUGGCCCAUGCUAGGUCACAUCCACACUACACACCUACAUGCUUCUCCAUCCACAUGAUGCCCAACUCCUCAGAGGGUUCUGGUUAUUUGACCAAGUCCUUCCGCUGUUGUAUUACCCGCCAGUUUACGGAUUGGUUGGUGUUUGGGUUAAAUUCUAGCUCCUGGGUCUGUUUAAGGUGCUGGUCUAUAGGUACAUCUGUGUAUAUCACUGGUGUUGAUCUACAGUUCCUGGGUCUAAUAGGGGAAACAAAGACUGGUAUCGAAUCUUGACAAUUAGGAUUGAAUGAUCUAUCAAAUUUGGUUUUGGUUUCAUAUUUUAUGAAUGUUGUCUUUAUGAUAGAAACAACUUUGCCCAAAAUAAUGGUUAAGGGUAUUAAGAAGCAAAACUAUUAAUAGACAAUGAAAAUGAAGCUCGACUCCAUUUAGAGAUAUAUGGACAGUUGCUUAAAAAUGAAGGAACACUACCGUAGGCCUACUGGCCCAUUGCUAGGCAAAUCUAGCUCACACCCACUCUUAUACCCAUCACACUUUAUUUAAAGCCACCCAGUGACGAACUAUAAACCAACCCGCCCAAAAGGUGCGGGAGCUGGAGACCAAUAAUUUCAAGAGGCCCAGAAGCUUCAGAUGAACACAUUCAAGAAGCUUGUACCUGUAGCUUACAUAUGAAUAUUGAAGUAGUGAAGGCUAGAGUUAUAUAACAGGGAGCAGACGUCUUAGUCAUACGAUGACCCGCUGGAGCUUUAGGUCAUCUGACCGAGGCC